CGUGUGUUUUCGCACACCCCGCACGGCGGCGGCGGCGGCGGCGGCAGCAGGGACGCGGUCCGCUCCACCCCCCACGGAGCCAAAGAAGCCCCCUCUCUCGUUCGGGCCCCGAUCAUGUUCCAGCCCGCGACCAAGCGCGGCUUCACCAUCGAGUCCCUGGUGGCCAAAGACAGCGGCGGCCCGGGCGGCCCCGGCGGCCCCGGCCCGGGGCCCGGAGGCGGCUCCCACCACUUGGCGGCCCCGGCGGCGGCGGCCGGUGAGGAGCCCCUGCGGCCCACGGCGCUCAACUACCCCACGCCAGCGGCCGCCGAGGCGUUCGUGAGCGGCUUCCCGGCAGCGGCCGCGGCCGCCGCCGCCGCCGCCGCCGCGGCCGCCGGCCGCUCCCUCUACGGCGGGCCCGAGCUCGUCUUCCCCGAAGCCAUGAACCACCCGUCCCUGACCGUGCACCCGGCCCCCCAGCUCGGAGCCUCCCACCUCCAGCACCCGCACUCCUUCUUCGGAGCCCAGCACCGGGACCCCCUCAACUUCUACCCUUGGGUCCUGCGCAACCGUUUCUUCGGACACCGCUUCCAGGGGAGCGAGGUUCCCCAGGACAGUCUCCUCCUGCACGGCCCCUUCGCCCGAAAACCCAAGCGGAUUCGGACGGCCUUCUCGCCUUCGCAGCUGCUGCGGCUGGAGCGCGCCUUCGAGAAAAACCACUACGUGGUGGGCGCCGAGCGGAAGCAGCUGGCGGGCAGCCUCAGCCUCUCCGAGACCCAGGUGAAGGUUUGGUUUCAGAACCGGCGGACAAAGUACAAGCGUCAGAAGCUGGAGGAAGAGGGCCCCGAGUCGGACCAGAAAAAGAAGGGCUCCCACCACAUCAACCGGUGGCGCAUCGCCACCAAGCAGGCCAACGGCGAGGACAUCGACGUCACCUCCAAUGACUAAGAGGGGGCCUGGGGAGGGGGGGCAGCUGAGAAACCAAUGAAGGGAGCCAGGGGCAAAGGGACAUCGGACUGGACUCCGGGGAGACCCAGUGGAAACAACCGCCGAACCUCCUGAGCUCCCCCGUGCGCCCAGGCCCAGGCCUCCGCCUCCCUCCGUCCCUGCCGGGCUGGGCAGCAGCAAGUGGACGGCUCCUGCUGGGGACUUCCAAGGCACUCAGAGACUCGGGCCAGCCGACCGCAGGGGGAAGGCGCAGCAAGGAAUGCCUUCCUCCGGGUUCUGUCUCUUCCAAACUCCUCGGGCUGGACGGGGUCAGGGACCUGCAGCAUCAACUCUGGCUCAGUGAGCCUGUCAGCCUCGCCCUGGGACUCCCAACCCCGAUCUCCUACCCAAGCCUUCUCUGUUCCCUUUGCCUUUUCUGUUCUUCCCUCCUUCCUUUGAACGAGUUUUUAUUUUAAUUUAUUUCUUGUCCAAAGGCCCCUCUGAUCCCCGAUCCCCACUUCUCUACCAUGACCCCAGCUAUAGGCCUUAGUGACAUCCUCCUGUGUCUCCCUUCCCUGUGGAUAAUAAAACAAAAAACAAAAAA